AUGAAGAAAGAUGCAAUCAACUUCGCCAAAAAAUGCGAUUCAUGUCAACGUUUCGCAUCCAUCUCCCACCAACCUUGCGAAGAACUUCGCCCUAUCUUGUCCCCAUGGCCCUUCAUGAAGUGGGGAAUGGACAUAGUGGGUCCUCUGCCACAAGCUUCAGGUCAACGCAUCUUCAUGUUGGCAAUGGCCGACUACUUCUCUAAAUGGAUCGAAGCAGAGGCGUUCAAACGCUAUUUGGUGUGUGAAGCUGUAAGUCCUCCCGAAGUCGAGCUUCCCACAGCAAGGAGCAGUUUCAUGGCACCAGGAAUGAACGACUCGGUGUUGUCAUACGACAUCGAUACGGUCAACGAACUCAGAGAAGCAGCUUUGGUUAGAAUGACAUCUUACCAACAGGCAGUUGCAAACAGUUACAACAAGAAAGUCCGAGCUCGAGUCUUCCGACAAGGAGAUUGGGUUUUGCGAAAGGAAUGGUGGAUGCUCGCGACAUCAUGA